AUGGUCGAAAUCACCGAAAUCGAAAUCGACAUUGACGCUAUCUUUACACCUCACUCGUCCAACGGAAUCAAUACCCCAGUCCUCGGACCCGCCCACCGUGGCAAGAAGAAGGAGAUCUCCUUCGAAGAGCAACUCGAUUUCCUUCUACUCACCAGCAAGUUGACGGUUCGCGAAGUCUCAAACAUGACUUCGCCGCGUGUGGCCGAGGCUAGGAUCUCGAAGCUUGUUCAGACGGCUAUUACCAUAGUCGCUGAUGAGCACAAGUUGCCGAGACAAGAGAUCAAGUAUGCCUACGAUGUCACGCAGCAGGACAAUGGGGUUUUCUUGAGGCGGGCUGCGGAGACUUCGAUGAACGGGAUUUAUAGAGAUGCUAUGGCUGCUGCUCCAGCUCACGGAGAUGCUGAGGGUGGUGAUCAGGAGGCGGUCGAUGGUGAAGGAUCUGAGUAG